GCCUCUUUCUCCAAGCCCUCCCUUGAUUAGGGCACCGCACCCUGCCACUUCCGCGGCUUCUACCCUCCUCUUUCCGUUGCUUCUGCUGCUCCCUCCUCUCCUCUCGCCGGGAAGAAUAACAAGAUUAUAGAAAGGAAAAGGGGAGAGCGAGGAAGGAAGUCGACGGUGGUGGCAAAAUCAUAAUGGCGGGCAGCGCAGCAGGAGCAGGAGGGAGCUCCGUGGGCCGGACGAGCGUGCGGGUGGUGGUAAUGGGGGAGGCGGGCACGGGCAAGUCCAGCCUCAUCGUUGCCGUCGCCACCGAAUCCUUCCCGGAGAACGUCCCUCAUGUCAUACCUCCCACCCGCCUCCCUGCUGACUACUACCCCGAUCGCGUCCCCCUCACCAUCAUCGACACGUCCUCCAGGCCCGAGAAUAAGGCGAAGCUGAUUGCCGAGUGCAAGUCUGCGGAUGCCAUUGUCUUGACGUACGCUUGUGACCGCCCCUCCACCCUUGACCGCCUCAGCACCUAUUGGCUCCCUGAGCUACGCCGAUUGGAGGCGAAGGUCCCGGUCAUCGUAGUGGGGUGCAAGCUGGAUCUGCGGGAUGAGCAGCAGGUGAGCCUGGAGCAGGUGAUGUCGCCCAUCAUGCAGCAGUAUCGGGAGAUCGAGACUUGCAUCGAAUGUUCUGCUCUCAGGCAGAUUCAGGUCCAAGAAGUAUUUUAUUAUGCCCAGAAAGCGGUGCUUCAUCCAACAGCCCCACUGUUUGAUCAGGAGACACAAUCGUUGAAGCCUCAUUGUGUAAGGGCUUUGAAAAGGAUAUUCAUCCUGUGCGAUCAUGAUAGAGAUGGUGCUCUCAGUGAUUCUGAGUUGAAUGACUUCCAGGUUAGAUGUUUUAAUGCUCCUCUCCAGCAAACUGAAAUUGCGGGUGUCAAGAAGGUUGUUCAAGAAAAGUUGCCUGAAGGUGUUAAUGAUUUUGGGCUUACAUUAACUGGCUUUCUUUUUCUACAUGCUCUUUUCAUAGAAAAAGGUCGUCUAGAAACGACCUGGACAGUGUUGAGGAAAUUUGGUUAUGAUAAUGAUAUUAAACUCCGAGAUGAUCUUCUUCCAACAAUAUUCAAGCGUGCAUCAGAUCAGACUGUAGAGCUGACAAAUGAAGCUGUGGACUUUUUGAAGGGAGUCUUCCUCACGUUUGACAUCGACAGUUCAACACUGGGAUUAGCAUGUCGUGGAUGGAGUGGGGGGACAACUUGUGAUAGUUGUGAUAGUUAUGCUUCAUUAUGGUUGCUUAGUGAAGCCGAACAUAUUCUUGGUUACCAGGAUGGAGCUCUGCGGCCUGCUGAACUGGAUGAUCUUUUUUCAACUGCUCCAGAAAGCCCUUGGUCUGAAGCUCCUUACAAAGAUGCUGCAGAGAAGAAUGUUUUAGGAGGAUUGUCACUUGAAGGAUUUCUUUCGGAGUGGGCUCUCAUGACACUUCAAGAUCCAGCAGCUAGUCUGGCUAACCUUAUAUACAUUGGAUACACUGGUGAUCCUGCUUCAGCAUUUCAGAUAACAAGAAAAAGGAGGUUAGAUCGCAAAAAGCAGCAAACCCAAAGAAAUGUUUUUCAGUGUUUUGUCUUUGGUUCUAGAAAUGCCGGGAAGACCACAUUGUUAAAUUCAUUUAUUGGAAGAACAUUUUCGGAGAAAUAUAAUCCCACAACAUCUGAUCGGUUUGCUGCAAAUGUUGUGGGACUCCAUAAUGGUGAUAAAAAGAUACUUGUAAUGCGAGAAAUAGCAGAAAUAAAAGUCAAGAACCUGCUUUCUAGUAAGGAGUCUUUAGCGGCAUGCGACAUAGCUGUAUUUGUUCACGACAGUUCUGAUGAAGAAUCAUGGAAGAGGACAAAGGAGUUGCUUGUGCAAGUUGCUUCUCAUGGGGAAAACACUGGCUUUGAAGUUCCAUGCCUUAUUAUUUCUGCUAAGGAUGACCUUGACCCAUAUCCCUUGGCUGUACAAGAUUCAACAAGGGUAAGCCAGGAUAUGGGGAUUGAGACACCUAUACCCAUCAGCAUGAAGUUAAGAGAUCACAAUGAUGUAUUUCGUCGGAUAGUCAGUGCUGCACAACAACCCCAUCUCAGCAUUCCCGAAACAGAAGCUGGCAAAAGCCGCAAGCAAUACCAACGUCUUCUUAAUCGUUCUCUUACGUUUGUCUCAGUUGGAGCUGCUGUAGCAGUUGUAGGAUUAGGUGCUUACCGAAUUUAUGCAGCGAGAAAGAACUCAUCGGGGUGAGGUUGUCUGUUAUUGUUUCAAUAAACCUGGAAAUAAGGCUAUCUUCCGGAGCUUUUAUCGUCAUCCUUUCGGUCCAGUUGUACAGAUACAUUGCUAGUAAUGGUGACCUUGGCAAAAAGUAGUGAUUAUGAUGCUGCUGAUAGUUUUCUGAGUUUUGUGCCUUCGGGUUUUUUCUUUGUUCUGCUUGACAUAAUCACCUGGCUGGGUACAAAAUACAAGGUUCUGGAGGAGUAAUCAUCCUUCCUCAAUUUGAGGAAUUCGUGUUACCCAAACCCCACCCAAGGGUUCAUCCCUUUAUUAUUACUCUCAUUAUCAUGUAUUUGUCAGCUGUGAUGAAAGCCGACAUAAAAAAUUUGAGAUGUUUACGAGGAGAGGGUUCUUCCCUUUAUAUGUUACUUUCUAAAUAGUGUAAUCAUCCCAGGUACUGAAUUAUCUUCUUUUAUUUACUUGAAUGGUUUCAUGAAUUGGAAAGAAGGAAUGGGAUUUUAAAGAUUUCUA